UUCCACCAGCUUCCUAAUUGAAUGUGAGUCACGGAGUGCGAGCCAUAAUUUCACAUCCUUACGAACAAUGUCACAUAUAGUUAUUGCGAAAUAUGACAUCUUGCUUAAAAGUGAUUGGAUACUUAAAAGAUUCUUUCAACUGCAGUGCACCACAGACAGACAACAGAGACACCAACAGAGACGCAAAUCGGAGCAACUACUCAACUACUAGUCACUGAAGUUAGAAUCAUACAGUAGAUAUUACCAUUAGGAGUCAGUUAGAAAGGUAAUCAUUAGUAAGAUAAUACUAUAAGUAAAAGUUAAAAUCAUAUAUACCACAAUAAAAGGUCAGACAGUCUGAAUUAGUUGAUUAAUAAAUUGAUUGGGGUCAUCAUUGAUAUUCGGUACGGUUAGUUAAGAUGGCCGACUACAUCAACAAACAGGUGAUUGAAUUGAAUGAAGUUAAUGAAGAAAACCAGAAUAGAGCAACGAGGAGCCUGAAGACUGAGACCCAUCUCUCAGAUAACAGAGGCAAUGUGACUGUAGAGAAAGACCUGCUACAGACCAGUUACAACACCCUGACUAAAGAGAGAGACCAGCUACAGACCAGUUACAACAUCCUGACUAAAGAGAGAGACCAGCUACAGAAGGAAAGAGAUGAUGUCAUGACAAAGUUCUCAAAUCUGAAACAAACCUGUCCUGAAGGCUGGCAGAUUAAGUUGGGAUCCAGUUGGUACUUCCUGUCUACUGAGACUAAAACCUGGAAGGAGAGCAGACAGGAUUGUCUGAAGAGAGGAGCAGACCUGGUGAUCAUAAACAGUGAUUUGGAACAGGAGUUUCUCUUAAGCUUCAAUAAGAGAGCCUGGAUUGGUCUGACUGACUCUGUUACUGAGGGGACCUGGAAAUGGGUGGAUGGCACCCCACUGACCACCCCAAGUUACUGGUACUCACAGCAGCCUGAUAAUGGUCGUGACAACCCAAAAUAUGGGGAGGAGGACUGUGUUGAACUGAACACAGAAAGUUGGCUUCCUGUAAAGGCAUGGAAUGACCAGUCAUGUUUACUCAAUCGUUACUGGAUUUGUGAGAAAGUGGUUUAACAUCACCAUGACAACAGAGGAGGCUGGUGGGAGGACGCGCACACAGACAGCACCUUACAGUGCACACAACUUCAUUCUCUCUCUCUCUAAGACACACCAACACACUGUAGGUACUGCACUGAGGGGCAAAACAACCUGAUAAUGGUGGUGUAUCAAGAUGUAACUAGGACUGUGCUGAUGGUAAUAUUGGGUAUUCUGAACCUGUAUAUAAAUAUUCUGACAUAGCAUUUACCUCUCAACAUAACUGGAUUUGUGAAGAGUUAUACAGUAGCUCAUUAUAUAGCAUUGCUACAGUGCUAAUGCAUCUCUCUCUAGUUAAACAGUGUGUAGACAUACUGUCAUCUGUAAAAUGAUUGUAUUCAUUGUUUAAAUCUAAACAUGUUAUGUGAUUUGCCAUAGGCUUCUUCUUUUUUCAUAAUCAAUUAUUAGCAUGAAUCACUUCAGUAAGAAGAUGAACUAAGGCUCAGAUUAAGUAAGAAAGGAACCUAUCAGGUUUACCAGCUUCCUGAUUGAAUGUGAUUGGAUUGUUAAAACAAUGUGACUUGCAGUUGGACACAGACAGAAGGCAGAAGAGUACUGAGAGGAUACAUGCUGCACGCAGGCAAACACACACACAGACACACCUUUGAAGUUCCCCUUUUCUGAUAAAGAUGCAGACAGCUAUCAUGUUAUAUCACUGUGUUUAGAAUAUCCUGUAAUGUAUAACUUCCUGAUUGAAGGUGAUUGGAUACUUAAAAAAUGAUAUCAACCGUAGUGGACAACAGACAGAGAUCAGAGAGGAAUCUGGUGGAGAUCCACAUCAGAGCAACUACUCAACUACUAGUCACUGAAGUUAGAAUCAUACAGUAGGUAUUACCAUUAGGAGUCAGCUAGAAAGGUAAUCAUACAGUAGAUAUUACCAUUAGGAGACAGUCAGAAAGGUUAUCAUUCAGUAGAUAUUACCAUUAGGAGUCAGUUAGAAAGGUAAUCAUACAGUAGAUAUUACCAUUAGGAGUCAGUUAGAAAGGUAAUCAAUCAUACAGUAGAUAUUAC